AUCGCGGGCCGACAUGGAGACACAGGCGGCGGCCCCGGCCGGCGGCUUCACCAGCGUCGUGUCCCGGCGGAGGCGGAGGAAGCGGCGGGCGGGCGGCGAGGAGCCGGCCGGGGCCCCCAUGGACACGGCGGGGCCGCGGCCCAGCAAGCGGCCCGCCUUCCCUCCCGUGUCCGCCGAGGCGCUGGGGGUCGGGAAGGGCGAGCUGAGGAAGAUCCCCGUGCCCGCCAACAGGUACACGCCGCUCAAGGAGAACUGGAUGAAGAUAUUCACGCCCAUCGUGGAGCACCUUCAGCUUCAGAUCAGGUUCAACCUGAAAACGAGGAACGUGGAGAUCAAGACUUGUCAAGAGACAAAGGAUCUCAGUGCCCUGACAAAAGCAGCUGAUUUUGUGAAAGCAUUUAUACUUGGGUUUCAAGUAGAGGACGCUCUUGCUCUCAUCAGAUUGGAUGAUCUUUUUCUAGAGUCAUUUGAAGUUACAGACGUCAAACCUUUGAAAGGAGAUCAUCUGUCAAGAGCAAUAGGGAGAAUAGCAGGGAAAGGUGGAAAAACCAAAUUCACCAUAGAAAAUGUAACCAGGACACGCAUCGUUCUCGCUGACCAAAAAAUUCAUAUUUUGGGAUCUUUUCAGAACAUUAAAAUGGCACGAACAGCAAUUUGCAAUCUAAUUUUAGGAAGUCCUCCUUCCAAAGUUUAUGGCAAUAUUAGGGCAGUGGCCAGCAGAGCAGCCGAGAGGUUCUGAGCUGCAGCACCAAGGACUGGGGCUGGGAGUUCAGGUUCCUGAACGCACGGGAGUUCUGAUUCCUGGACGCAUGGGGGGGCCUGGAGCUACAGAAGCCACAGCUCUUCUGCUGGAUUUGGAAGCCCAGAAGAACACUGGGACUUGUUUUGCAGUCUGACUGCCUUCAAACAUGUGGUGUGAUCUGAACAUACAUAAUGUCUCUGUAUAAUUAUUAAAAGGUAUUUUAAGUUGGUUGUGUCCAUAUCAAAA